UGUACCCAGCAUCGUGUGCUUCUGUGGAGCACCUGAACACACGGUGCUCCAUUUAUUAUUGCUGUUCUCGGUGCCGGUGCAGGACAUCGAAGUUUGCUUAAUGAACAGGUGACACAAUGGCUGCUGCAGUGGCGUUCAUUCCCAGAACGGCUUCAGCGUACGGUGUGCGUACAGAAAGGUACUUAAUGGACGGUAACGGCGAAGAAGAAUCUCCAGCUGCCAAUUACGCUACUCUAACCCCUAUGGUUGCCCUGCCCACCAUAUUUCCGAACUACUUGGCCACAUGUGCACCCGACUUUGAACUACAGGACGGCGGCGACUCCUUCGGUGGCUCGAACGACGCCCCAGGAACGGACGACUGCAACUCGACGGCAUCAGAAUCGGAGGAAUCUUCAGAGAAUAAGUGUCGAGCAGAUCCGUUCGCGCCCCACUGCAAGAUUCCUUUGCCGACUCCCUUCUCUCCGUACGACUACUGGGCUGAACCGACGUUCAUUCGACGACGCAACGAGCGUGAGCGUCAACGGGUACGUCACGUCAACGAUGGCUUCGAGAGGCUUCGCAACCAUCUCCCCCUGGCGCCGCACGACAGAGAUAAAAGGCUCAGCAAAGUCGACACGCUCCGAUACGCCAUCAAGUACAUCAGGCAUCUGCAGAGCCUCUUGGGAGAUAAGGCUGAGAGUGAUGAAGAUUCCCAAUAGAAGCAUAUUGAAUGUACAGACAGAGAAAUUCAUAUUUUGUCAAUAGGUGGUGUGCAUGUUCCACUAUUGAUCUAGUUCAUUUCGCGCAUCCAGUCUAGUCUCUGCAGCUUUCUAUACUGUUGUGCUCAUGUGCAGACCAGGAGGCUACAGCAGGAGCGGUUCCACAAUUUUUCUGAAGGCGUCCGCGGUCUAAGGCAGCGUGCUACCCCCACACACUGCCUAACAUCAAUAGAAGCACCUGAUGACCACAGAAACUGAGGGUCUGGACAUCCUGGCCCCCCUUGCUAGAUCCGCCCCUGGCUGAAGGGGAGAUGGCUGUAUACAGCUACUGUGCAGUAGAUUGCAGUGCACCUGGAGUACCUCCCGUAUCGUUUCUGUUGUACAAGUUGACCUGACCCCGAUUGUACAAGUUGCUCUUUAUGCACAAGUUCCUGAUACGGGAAAUGAAAAGGAUGAACCGUUCUAGUCGUAAAACAAUCAUGAGCCCCUGCACCCCACACCUAAGAACCUGCAUCUUUCUUUAUCGGCCCACGUCGUGGACAAAAACUUGACACCGUGAUGGCGUAUCUAGCUCAACAAUAUUUUGCUAUGUUCGUGUGUUCAUUUUGUUUUUGCAUCGCGCAGAAAUUUCUAUGUAUAAUCAUGCACAUGUGAAGUACCACACCCAGUUCCACUGACACGCGACACCCUGUCAUUUUCUCAACAUCUGCGAUAUUCUGUGCGCCUUAUGAUGUGAUAUGUCAUCCCCACGAAAGCUUCCAUGAUGCUCGUAUAACAUCAUCGCAUUCGUUUGCGUCUGUGCUAGUUAAUUUUUAUGUCAGCACGGGGCGAUGGCGCCUAUCGUUCACAAAUGUCUGCUCGCCUAGCACCAAUUCAGAGAACUAACUUUUGAAGCAAAAAGGUAACCCUGCUGAAAUUGGGGUUGAACUGUGCAAUAUGAACCACCAGUCUACUACAUGCCCCACGGACGUGUCACUGAGCUGUAACGAGCAUUCAAUAAACUUUAUCGG